AACAACCUUCCUUUUUUCUAAGAUAGCACUCCUCAGGGUUCCAAAUCUCCAGAAAUGGCCUCUUCCAAUUGUUUUGUUUUAGCCAUUUUCUUGGCUCUGUCAUUGUUGAACAUCAAUGUUGGGCUAGCAGCUCGUCAUCUCCUCCAGAUGCCACCAGCUUUGCCCGGAGUAACGUUGCCACCAUUGCCAUCUAUCCCCACUCUCCCACAACCGACAUUGCCAACAUUGCCGACAACGCAGCCAUUGUUACCCAAGCCUGGAGCUCUAUCUCCACUUCCUACCAUGCCAACAUUGCCUACCAUGCCAUCCAUCCCUCCACUUCCCAGCAUGCCAACAUUGCCAUCCAUCCCCACAAUACCAACUACCAUCCCAUCCUUCCCAUUCUUCUCGCCACCUCCUUCAAAAACUAACCCUUGAAAAUGUUCACUAAUAGAGACAGUUUGGACUGUGUCUUUUGCUUUGGUGUGGUUGUGUUCCUUUAAAUAUUAAUCUUGUAUCACCGCGGGUUAUGUCGGAGGAUUUUAGCCAUUUGUUUCCUUACAUUA